UUGUGAAUGUGUUUCUCUUUGCAUUUUCGAUGUAGUCAAUAGUCAUACCAGAAUCAUACAAUGUGAAAAUUUAGCUAGUGCCGCCUUACUGAUAUGCCACUUAGUCUCCCGUGCGCCUGUGAGUCAAGUUUUCGGUAAAACUGUCUGUUUCCAGGAGUGAGCAGCCUGCAGCAGCCUUCACUCACCAUCUGGCACAAUGUCCGAGUCGGAGCAGAUCACCCCGGCCCGCCAGCCGCGGACGCUAUACGAGCUGUGCUGGUCGGUGCUGCUGGACCGCGCGCCGCUGGACGGCUACGUGUGCGGCGCCGCCUGCUACCAGCUGCCGUUCCGGCUGCUGGUGCCACUCUGCCGCACCGUGCUCGACGCCGUGCGCGUCAAAAACAGCGUGUUCUACAGCUGCCAGACGGUGGGGCACCUCAGCGUGGGCAUCCGGCGCACGGCGCAGCAGAAGGCGCGCCAGAACGAGACGAUUCUGGCGGCGUUCCUGCGGCACUGGCCGCAGGAGCUGCUGGUGCUGCAGCAGGUGCAGGGCCUGCACGGGCUGACGUUCCUGCAGGAGGGCCACCCGGAGCGGGACUGCUGGUCCGUCAUGGAGAUGGAGGAGUGUGACUUGUUCGUGCAGCGCUACGGCGGCAAACGCGUGCAGGAGAACAAGAAGGAGGUGCUGAGCGCCGCGUGCAGUCUGCUGCGCACCUUCCUCAAGCUGCAGGAGGAGGGCGGCUGUCGGCGGCUGCGGCACCUCGACAUCAGCGCGCGCCCGCUCAGCUGGGUCGAGCUGUUUGCGCUGGUCGGCAUGGUGUGGGACGCGGCGCCGGUCUCCGCCGGCCCGCCCGGCUCGGUCAGCCUGGGACUGAGGAUGAAGCUGUCGGAGAGCCGCCGGAUGUACGCCCGCCGACUGCUGGAGAGCGGUCUGGCGGGUCCGGUGGGCGCCGCGCGGGUCGUGCUGCGCCGUGUGGCGGUCAUCUCGUCCGGGCCGGACCCGGAGGAGCACCGGCAGAACCUGGUGCUGGCGGGCCAGGUGCUGGCCGCGCUGCGUCCGGCCGCCGUCACCAGUCUCAGCGUGCAGGUGGACGGCGCCGUGCCGCCGGCCUGGCUGGCCGGCCUGGUGCGCCAGCUGCCGGCGCUGCGCGAGCUGAAGCUGCUGCUGCCGGCCGGCGCGCAGCCCGAGCCGGACGACUGGCCGGCGCUGGCCGAGCUGCUGUCCGAGCAGCGCGCGCUGCGCCGGCUGGAGCUGCGCUGGCCGCUGCGCCGCCGGCUGGGCCAGCUGCUGGCCGAGCUGCCCGGGCCGCUGAGCGCGCUCUGCCUGCCCGGCUGCCAGCUGGCGGCCGCCGACCUGGAGGCGCUGUCGCUGUGGCCGCACCUGGCUCACCUGGAGGUGCUCGACCUGUCGGAAGGCGUGGAGGCGGCGCCGCUGGCCGCGCAGGACGCCGCCGUGCAGCACCUCUGCGUGCUGCUGGCGCAGUGCGAGCGGCUGCGCGCGCUGCUGCUGGACGGCUGCCGGGUGCCGGCCGACCAGCUGCCGGCGCUGCUGCGCACAGUGCGCACGCGCGACUCGCUGGAGCGGCUGUCGCUGGUCGGCUGCGGCGACCCGGAGCAGCCGGACGAGCUGCUGCGGCUGGUGGCAGACGUGGUGACCCUGCCGCGGCUGAGGCUGCUGGCGCUGGACGGCUUCUGCCGCGAGCAGCUGGUCGAGCUGCGGCAGGACAUGUCCUACUGGCGGCUGGUGACCGGCUCCGGCAGCUCGCCGUAUGUGGAGCUGCGCCAGCGACGGCGGGAGGGCGACUGGCCUCCGGCAGAGAUCGCCGACCGACACAGCGACUAAUAGAAUGACGGACGGCUGUAUCAACGGCUGAGCUGAGCGGCAUAGCGACUGAUACAGCCGCCACAUGAACACCGACCGACACCAGACCGAGCCUGGUCGGCGAUCGGUCGGCGGCUUGAAUAAUGCAGUGAAUUACUCCUCCGGGGCAGUCCUUCGGUGCACAAAGCGACUGAUCUCUGAGUCUGAUCAGACCGAUCUCUUAGAGAGACUGAUAACUACCGGUAUGGGGUCACCUGAAACGGUAGCCCCGCGGUGAGCGACCUCGGUAACGGCUACCUGGCACAGAGAGGCUACCGCUACACAUCUCACCGGAGACAGGUAGGAUUAUCUCCCUUGGUGAGUACUGCCUAUCGAUACUCGGGGUGUCAUCCCCAGUUUAGUGUGUUAGUGACCGUUCUGGGCCUCAUGUGUGCCUUAGUCCAUCGCCGGUGUGGAUGCAGCGUCAGUGACGCCCGCAGCACCGGCCGCCUGAUUGAGUCGUCCGCUAACGGCGCCAGUUUAUGGAGCGCCGCCGGCUCGGCGGUCUGGCGCCGGACGGAUUUAUGGGACGGUUUUGUGGUUAUCGUAUGCGCGCUGAUGGGUGGGCUCGGUCGGGGCUGGCGCCCGGCCAUGGGGGCGCCGUCAGUCACCCGAUAUUCGGCUGUCGCGAACUGUGAUUGUUCGACUGUGACGUCGUAAUGGACAAUAGUCAGUCAGCUGAGACUGUGGUAGGUCUGCUCUAGAUGAUGGUGAUCGAUAUAAGUCAUAAUGUCAGUCAUAAUGCUUCAUGUGCAAUUAUCGUGGUAUUAACCUGAUCUGCUGAUGAGGCUAUGUUAAUGUUCAAGCUAUCAGCGGUUUGUUACUAACGUACGUAAUCAGUGAAUAAUUGAUUCAGUUUGCUUGAAACGUGUUGUGGUGAUAUGUGAUAUAAAGGUAGCUAUUAUACAGAGAUAUAUGCGAUAGAUACCCGUAGGGUAAAUUGCUACUCACGUCGUUAGCCGUCGUGUUGUUCCGCCCGAACUCCCCGCAUCAAAUAGUCUAACAUUCCAAUCGAUGCGUUUUCACAUUCAGGGCAUGUACCUGAGCGUGCCGUAUAUGCAGCGCCAUGGCUUGAUCACUGGUGCAAUUAAGAAUGUUUUCAGUGCAAUUAUUCAUGUUGAUCCAUAGUAAAGUAAGCUGAGCCCCUGUGCUGGUUUACUUUGAAAUGUUACGAGCUCAAUAAUGAUGUAUGUUAAGGCCAAUUAAUAUUCUUGUGUUGUUUCUUUAGUAUGGCGUGCUGCUUUUAGAAACCCAAAUGUUUUCUUGAGACCCAAUAUCCGAUAGCGAGUGAUAAAUACUGCCAUCUUUCAUGCGUAUAUUUUGGUUUCACCCAUCGGGUUUUCCUCCCUUCAAAUAAACGCAUAUGUGGUACGAAAGCUAAA